UAGUUCCCCCACACCCUAAAAACACACACAUCGGUUCAUUUCACAGGUUCUCACUCUUUAGAUCCGCAAAAAAGAAAAGAAAAAAAAUUCUCUUUUUUUUAUCAAAGGGGGUUCCAGAAGCCCACCAUUUCCAAAACCCUAACUUCAAUGGCGGAUUCUUCUUCAUCAUCUGAGCAAAAAUACCGCAAAUAUCAUCCUUACCAAGAUCUACAGAUCCCAAUCGAAAACCUUUACAAUCUUCCUACUUCCCCAGAAUUUCUCUUCCCUGAAGAAGCCGCUGUUCAACGCCGCUCAUGGGGUGAAAAUCUACAGUAUUAUACCGGUUCUGGUUAUCUAUCAGGAGCUAUCGUUGGUGGUCUUAAAGGUUCUGUUGAUGGUCUUAGAGCUGCUGAAUCAGGUGAUACCCUAAAGUUGAGAACUAAUAGGGUUUUGAAUUCUGGUGGUUCAACUGGAAGGAAACUUGCGAAUUCAUUAGGAACUUUGGGAUUGAUUUUUGCUGGAUUAGAAAGUGCCAUGAUUUAUUAUAGAGAUACUGAUGAUAUGGUUAAUACUGUGUUUGCUGGUUUGGGGACUGGGGCUCUUUACAGAGCAGCUUCUGGUGUUCGUUCUGCUGCUGUUGCUGGGGCUAUUGGAGGUUUAGCUGCUGGUGCUGCUGUUGCUGGAAAGCAAGUAUUUAAAAGAUAUGUUCCUAUCUAGAGGAGAAAUUUCAUUCCUUUAUGUUGGUUUUUGAAUGAAAAUGAAAUUUAGGGUUUAUGGGGGAUUAGGAUUUCCCAUAGAGUUAUCUCUAAUAGAUAAAAUCAUUUAACAUUAUGAUAGAUUUUGAUCAAAGGAAAGGUUUUAUUUAUGAAAUCGACGUGUGUAUAUCAAUCUGCCGACUUUGCUUUUGGUAAUCUUUUCUUUGAUAUGAAGAAAACUAUGAAUUAUUGGUCAACUGGAUUUAGAUAUUCAAUCUUUUCUUAAUUUUAAGUUUUGAUGCAAAUUGAUGAAUAUGGGUUAAUGAGCUUUGUAUGUCUGAUUCAAGAUUGCAACUUUAUGUGCAUAUUGCUGUUAGCACCAA